AUGGCGAACGAAGAUUUGGCCAGUUGGACCGAUCUGCUUCAUUCUUCAUCGAAGCUUCUCGAACAAGCUGCUCCUUCUGCCCAGUUUCCUCCACUUCAGAGGAACUUGGAUCAACUCGAAGCAUUAUCGAAGAAGCUUAAAUCCAAGACAGUUAGGGCUGAGGCGCCUUCGCAAUCCAUUGCUGCGACUAGGCUUCUUGCCCGCGAGGGUAUAAAUGCAGAGCAGCUUGCAAGGGAUCUGAAGUCAUUUGAGUUGAAGACAACUUUUGAGGAUGUUUUUCCUGUUGAGGCAACAAGUGUUGAGGAGUAUCUGCAGCAGGUUCAUGAAAUGGCAAUGGUCUCUGCCGUUCAGGAAGCUCAGAAGGAUAAUCUUAGGAGUUUCAAUGAUUAUAUGAUGAAAGUUUUGGAGGAGGAUUGGCAAAAAGAGAAGCGUGAUUUCCUUCAGAGUUUAAACCGGAUUUCAACGUUACCAAGGACAAACAUGAUUGCUAACAGCAACGUAGGUACCCGCCCAGGUCAGAUUGUGUCGAUGACUUCUACUCCACAAGUCUCUUCUGGUUGCAUGGAUAUUGUUCCCAUGACCAGUAGACCCACCGCGGAGAAAAAGGCUUCUGUCUAUGCUGAAGUAGUGAAAAAUCUGAAUAGAGCAAGGCAGUCAGGGUUGCCAUUUAAACUUGCCACAGCAUUCAAGGGUGCAUACGAAAGUUUGGGCAUUGAUGCUAGUGGUGGAAAAUCAGUAAGGAUGCGAAAGAUAUGGCACCUUGUUCAGAUGCUGAUGGAUGAGGACACAACCUUGCGACAUGUUUCAAAAAAGAUGUCAUUGAUUAUUGGGGCAAGGCGCCACCUUGAGUGGGGACAUGAGAAACACAUCAUGGAUACUAUACAAAAUCAUCCUGCACAAGCUUCACUUGGUGGCGGUGUUGGAAAUUUGCAAAGAAUCCGCGCCUUCCUUCGGAUUCGGCUGAGGGAUUACGGGGUACUGGAUUUUGAUGCUGGUGAUGCUCGGCGGCAGCCUCCCGUUGAUACCACGUGGCAACAGAUAUAUUUUUGUCUGAGGUCUGGUUAUUACGACGAAGCAAGAAAUGUUGCUCUAUCUUCGCGUUCUUCACAUCAAUUUGCUCCUUUGCUCACAGAGUGGAUUAAUACUGGAGGAAUGGUGCCAGAAGAGGUUGCGACUGCGGCAUCAGAAGAAUGUGAAAGGAUGUUGAGAACCGGUGAUCGAGUAGGCCGAACUGCAUAUGAUAGGAAAAAGUUGCUGUUGUAUGCCAUCAUAUCAGGUUCUCGAAGACAUAUUGAUCGCCUGCUUAGAGAUCAACAGACUCUUUUUAGUUCGAUAGAUGAUUUCUUGUGGUUCAAAUUGUCGGCUGUGCGGGACUGCCCAAGUGGAUCUUCAUCCCUUGUUCUAAGUGACAGUGUGAUUCCAUACACUUUGGAUGAUUUGCAAAGUUACCUGAAUAAAUUUGAACCAUCGUACUAUACAAAAAAUGGAAAAGAUCCUCUGGUAUAUCCUUAUAUCUUGCUUUUAAGCAUUCAAUUGCUUCCGGCUGUAUUAUACCUGUCUAAGGAAACAGGAGAUGAAGGAUAUAAUAUUGAUGCUGCCCACCUAUCAAUUGUGCUAGCUGAUCACGGGGUCCUUUCUGAAGGUGCUGGUACUGGGAAAAAGUUGGGGGCGAUGGAUGCUUAUGCAGAAGUAGCCACCAUUGUCAGGCAAUAUGGAUCUAUGUAUUUGCGCCUUGGUGAUCUCCAGAUGGCACUAGAAUAUUAUGCACAAGCUGCUGCUGCGGUUGGUGGUGGGCAGUUGUCAUGGACUGGUAGAGGUAAUGUUGAUCAGCAAAGGCAGAGAAACUUGAUGCUGAAGCAGCUUCUAACUGAGUUGUUGUUAAGGGAUGGAGGCAUAUAUCUAUUGCUUGGCGCAAGAGGUGCUGGAGAAGAAGGAGAGUUAGGACGUUUUGUGGCGGAUCCAAAUGCAAGGCAACAGUUUUUGAUUGAAGCAGCAUGCCAGUGUCAGGAGGCUGGGAUGUAUGACAAAUCUAUAGAAAUUCAGAAGAGAGUGGGUUCCUUCUCAAUGGCGCUGGAUACCAUCAAUAAGUGCCUCUCUGAAGCUAUUUGUUCUCUUUUCCGUGGAAGGUUAGAUGGUGAGAGCCAGACUGCUGGCCUGAUCCAUACUGGCAAUGAGAUUUUGGAGACAUAUACUUACUACCCAGAUGUCAGUGUUCAAGAGCGAGAGCAUGUUUUUGAGCAGCAAACUGUGUUAAGACAACUUGAGUCAAUAUUAUCAAUUCACAAAUUGUCAAGACUUGGGAAUCACAUUGAUGCUUUAAGGGAGGUUGCUAAACUUCCAUUUUUGCCUCUAGAUCCUCGAGGACCUGAUACUUCUGUUGAUGUGUUUGAAAAUUUAUCUCCUCAUGUCCAAGCUUGUAUACCAGACCUCUUGAAGGUUGCUCUGACUUGUCUGGACAAUGUGGCAGACUCUGAUGGAUCGCUUCGUGCCUUGAGGGCUAAGAUUUCCAGUUUUAUUGCAAAUAAUGUAAAGAGGAAUUGGCCUCGUGAUUUGUAUGAAAGAGUUGCGCAGAGAUUGUAA